AUGGAUGAUAAUAGUGAUAUAAAACGAUGUUGUUGUUGUAUUAGACUUAGACCUGCAAUGAUAAUCAUUACUUUAUUAUGGACUCUUUAUGGAAUAUGGGAGACAUAUAAAUAUACAACAGAUGCCAUUCUUAAGUAUCCUUAUUCAGUAGUAGAAGUUUCAAUAAUAAUGUCUGUUAUAUAUCUUAGCCUGACAAUCCUUUCAUUUUUUGCAUUAAUGAUAGUGAGCACGAGUAAAACAAAGUUUCUAAAAAUUUUUAAAGCAUUGGCUUAUACAAUCGCGGCAUUUUAUUCAUUUGUAGCAAUGAUUCCAUUCAUUGUUCUUGCUGCAAAAAAAGAUGAGUUCACCAGUUCGUGCUUUAAAACUGGUUAUCUUGGGGAUUGUAGAACCCUUAUCAAUACCAUGAUUGUUGGUGGCAUAAUCAAUGUCAUUGUUCUGGCACUUUAUUUUGCAGCGAUAGUUAAAGCCUACGUAUUGAAAAUGAAUACCGAAAGAAGAAAUUCCCAAAGAGAAACAGCGGAGGAAACACCAAAAGAAACAAACAUGGAAACAUCGAGUCAACCAAUGGUCGAAGUGGUUGAAAUUAUGAUAUUGGUUGCAGGGAUUGCUUCACCAUGUAAACAACAAUUACAUCACCUAUAUUUAUUCUAUUUGAAAGUGCUUGGUCGAACCAUAUCAUCAACGCGCUUUCAAGAUUAG